AGGCUUACUAUCAACGCAUAAUACGAUUUAUUUUAGGACCUAAACUGAAUGGCAUUUGAUAUUUCGUACCAUCAACUUCGUUUUACGAACCAAUUUAGGUCGACACCUAAACUAAGCCGCAUUUGAAUAUCAUUCGUUCUUUUUCUAAGUAAAUUCGUACCAUCACCUUACUCUAACUGACGUUCCAGCCUAAACAAAAUCGCUCAACUGUCAAAACUUGCGAUUCAAAACAAGUUAGUAAUUUUGAUGCUGAUUUUGAUUCUUUUGUUGUUAGUUUUAAUUUUUACUUGUUUAAAGUGAAAAAAGCAGUGAAUUUAAGUGUCGCGAGAUUGGUCGCGAGUUUUAUUCGUAGGAUGUGUGACGAGGAAUUGAUACUUUUCGAGUUCUUGGAAGCCGAUAGUGAGGAAAACUCUAUGAGGAGAAGGAGACUCGACGCUCGAGCACAAUUCGACCCAUUCGAUUUGGAAGAUAAUGAAUUUAUAAAACGUUAUCGUCUUUCCAAAGAAUUGGUAGUCGGAUUGUGCGACGAGAUAAGACCGGCGAUGAAAGCGCCAAGGAGGUCCACAGAUAUAUCUGUAGAAACAAAGGUUUUAACAGCGUUAUCAUUCUACGCAACUGGCUCCUACCAAAGACCCGUAGGAGAUAUAAGUGCGCACUCAAUGGCACAACAGACAGUUUCUUCAGUGAUUGCUCAAGUGACUGCGUGUAUAGACUCUGUUGAAAUGCGAAAAAAAUACAUCACUUUCCCAAAGAGCAAUGACGAAAGAAAUGAAAUUAGAGUAAGGUUUUAUCACAAAUUUGGCAUACCAGGUGUUGUGGGAUGCAUUGACUGCACACAAAUUGCAAUAGUCAGGCCGAAUAGAAAUGAGGAGCGUUAUUUUUGUAGAAAACACUAUCAUUCCCUUAAUGUCCAACUUAUUUGUGAUGCAGAUAUGCAAAUUAUAAGUGUGGACGCUAGUUUCGGUGGAGCUACACACGAUUCUUUCAUUUGGAAUGACCACCCUAUAAAACAACAUCUUGAGAAUUUACAAGAAUCAACUUGGUUGCUAGGUGAUUCUGGAUAUCCCCUAAGGAAAUAUUUAAUGACCCCGAUUGUCAAUGCUAUCCCGAACACACCUGAAAGCCAUUACACAGACAUGCAUGUUCGGGCUAGGAAUGUCAUCGAGAGAACUAUUGGUCUCCUAAAAGCACGCUUUCGCUGCCUUCUCGUGCAUAGAGUUCUCCAUUACAAGCCACGGGUUGCUGCGUCUAUUGUAAAUGCUUGUGUUAUAUUACACAACAUUUGUAAUAGAGCCAAUCUUCCUGCACCACAAUUAAGUAGUAGGGAAAUAAUGGAGGAAUCACAGAUGCAAUUAGGUGUUGCAUUUGAAGAUCAACCAAAUACCAGUAGUAAUAACCAGGCACUUCAACAAGGAGUUGCUACAAGGAACCAGUUAAUUCUUCGGUUGUGGGAAGCUCGCCGUUCCUGAAAUAUAAAAUUAUAAUUUAUUUUUACAUAUAGUUUUUAUUUAGGUAUAUUUAUAUUGUUUUAGUUUUUAAAUGAAUUAUAGAGUGGAAAGACCCUGAUUAUUUUUUCUACUAC